AUGAUUUCCAAAAAAACUGCACUGGGCCACAAAAAUAUUAUUUCAUAUAUAUUGCACUUUAUAUCUGUGUGUUUUCUCUUCGGGCGUGUAAAAGUGAAAAUACGAGUGGGCGGCGACGAAGCGGCGGCGACGACGAUGCGCGCGAUUUUCUCGCGUGGGGCUGGCGGAACGUUCAAGAUGGCACUGCCAGGCGAUCCACGCCGAUCGACUUGA